AUGAUCGACUUUGAGGAAGUGAUUGAUAAAUUGGCUUCAUCGAAGUAUAAUUCCUUGAAAGUUCCUUAUCCAGCUGAUAAACUUACACCCGCUAUUGAUGAUCAAGAAAAGAAACUGGAUGUGUUUCUUAAAUCCUUUGCUGAACUGUGUGAUUUGCGUUCUAAGUAUUACGAGAAACAGCUGAAUUGGUGGAAAGAUAUGAUGCCGUUCGACGAGAUGACGAUGGAGGAUUACUUUGAUUACUUCCCAGAUUCUAAGGAUAAUGUUUACAAGUAUCCGAACUUCUGGCCACACGAUGAACCGCCGGUCCCGGUGUUUCCUUAUUUAGACCGUAAAGAUCACCAUUAACAUUUGAAAUUAUGUACAACUUUUGUAGGUGUAAAGUAGAAUAUUAAUAAAUUAAAAUUUGUGGAAUUACAUACAAAAUAUUUGAAUAAAGCACCUGAUUUAGUAAUGAA